AUGCGUUUCCACAUCGUGUCACUUAUUGCCUUUGCGGUUUCUGCCGUUGCUCUCACGCUCUCUUCUCCCAAAGCGCAGGACAAAGUUGACCUGAGCAAGCCAUUCACAAUCAAGUGGAAGUCUGUUCAAUCGGAUCCAUCCAAAUUCACCAUCAACCUGGUCAACACAAACGGCUCCAGUGCCAACAAGGAAAUUGCCAAAGACAUCACGUCCUCCGAUGGCACCUACACUGUCGACAAGGUCUGGGGCAUUCCGAAGGGAAGCGGAUACCAGCUCAACUUCAUCUCCAACGACAAAAUGAAUACCGGCAUAUUGGCUCAGUCACCGCAAUUUGAAGUCACCAAAGUUGCUGACGCGCCCCAGAACAAAACCACCUCUACUGCUUCUAGAAAUCCCGCUGCAACUGCCGCAGCACCAACUAAUUCUACCGGCGGAUCUUCGUCGCUUACGAUUCCUGUUACUUUGGGUACUCUCGUGGUGAGUCUUUUUGCUCUUGCACUCUGA